UCCACUUCCAAUCCAUCAACAAUUCAUUACUGCUUUUAGCUUCCAAACGCCAGCUAAUUAAAAAUACUAAGCCAAGCUCCGAGGCCAUCUGACUAAACACAGGAGGGGGUGGAAGAGAGGAGGAGGAGAGAUUAAAAAAAAAAAUAGAGACGCACCGUUUGCUGCGUGUAGAGGGAGAAAUUGUCCUGAAAAAGGUCGCCUAAAAAAAAAUAAUCUCUUUUGACUCUAAUUAUCGAAUUACCACAUGACAGAUCGGCUUGCGCGACAGAGGAUUUUAACCCCUCCUCUGGGACUAUACUCAGAACUCUGUUCCUUUUUCUUAAAACAACACAAAACAGGAAGACAUCACAUCCUUCAGGUCUCCAAGACAGCCCAUUUCAGACGCCCUUCUUCUCCCGUUCCACCGCCCCCCGCCCCGAGCGAAGCUGUUCUCUCCGCUUCCUGCGCCCGCUGCCCGUCCUCCUCCUCCUCACCUUUCUUCUCCUCGGCCUGCUUCAAUCCGCCCUUCCUCACUCCUUCUCCUGCCCCCUCCUCAUCCUCCUGCCCCCUCUUCGUCUCUAAGUUAGUUGGAGAAAUCAAAUCUGUCAAGACGGGCGGAAAAAAUGCCACUUCCAGACUAACAGGCGGAAUCCAGCCCAGAUUUUCAGUCCUUUCUCCUUAUUCUUUCUUCCCUUUCACUAAUUUCCCCCGAUGUUAGCACGUUCCGUCCUGGUACUAGCGGACGCCUGUAGCUUUGCUACAUGGGAUCAUUACUUACUGAUCACGGUGACUCUGAAGUCUGGAACUGAAGGCGGAAUGAGAAGUUGGGAAAACUUUUUUCACUAAUAUUUCUCUCUUUCUUUCUCCCCUCCUCUCAAUCUUCCUCUUCCCCCCCUCUCCUUCUCUCUCUCUCUCUCUUCCCAUCCAUCCUCUUAUUCUCGAUGCUUGUUAAGAGGAAAAAAGAUCUUUGGUGUUUGUGUUGUGAAUGUGAAACAUUAUCAUCCAGCUGUAUAGCGACACUUUUUUUGAGGAGACAAGGAGCCUUUGCCCGGAGGGUGGGGAGCUGCAAUCGCGUUAUUUUGUGAUUAUUUGGCUGAGAUGUGUUAGUUUGGCCUCUUCCUUCUUGAUCAUUUGGUGUUUAAGUAAAAUGAGGCACAAGCUUGUUUGCUGAGUGGAGUGGGAAAUGCCUUUUGAUUUUGCUGGCCUAAGUAAAAACUGAUAAAGGAUUAAAGGGAAUGGUGGACCUGGGCUGUAGGGUGUAAAACCCCUGGGCCGUCCGUCCGUGCCGUGGGGCAGAAAAAGAAGAGGAAGAUUGGAAGAUUUUUUUUUUUUCUUUAAGAGAAAGCCCAGCGGAGCUAAACGAAUGUCCCCUCAUCUCCCAAGGAAAGUUCAUCGGGUUUUUAUUCUAGAGAGCUCGUCUUCAGGAUGUCAGUGAACAUUCCCACGGGAGGAAAAGGUGUGGAUCCAAAUACAGUUGAUGCUUAUGACAGUGGCGAUGAUUGGGAAAUCGGGGUUGGAAAUCUAAUCAUUGAUUUGGACGCCGAUUUGGAGAAGGACAGACAGAAAUUUGAGAUGAAUAAUUCCACCAACAGCACUGGCAGCGGCAAUUCCAAGGACUGUGGAGGUCCGGCCUCCAAUGGGACGGGUGCAGCCGCCGUCUUAGCCGAAGGCCUCAAAUUCGCUUCCGUGCAGCCCUCCGCUCCCCAGGGGAACCCACACAAAGAGACCAGCAAAUCCAAAGCGAAAAGGAGUAAAACUUCUAAGGAUGCGAAUAAAUCUCUGCCCUCGGCCGCGCUGUACGGGAUUCCCGAGAUCAGCAGCGCUGGCAAGCGGCAGGAAGUCCAAGGGCGCCCUGGAGAGGCAGCUGGCAUGAAUUCCGCGCUGGGCCAGAGCGGCGGCGGCGGCGGCGGCGGCGGGGGCGGCGGGGGCGCGGGCGGCGCGGGCCCGGGCACCUCGGCGGCCGGCGCGGGGGCCGGCGCCUGCGGCAAGGGCAAGGACGACAAGCCGGGCAAAAGCCACGGCAGCCGGGGCGCCAAGAGGGAUAAGGAUGCUGCGCGAUCCCGGAAGGACGCCAAGCACGAGCUGCUGCAGGGCCACCCGAACGGCAGCGGCGGCCCGGCCUCCUCCGGGGCUCACCUUUACGGCUUCGCGGCCAAGGGCGGCGCCGGGGGCGCGAGCCCCUUCCACGGCGGCGGAGGCGCGGCCGCCGGGGAGGUCAGCAAGAGCGGCCCGGACCCGGGGCUCCUGGGAGGCUCUGUGCUGGUCAAGAAGGAAGAGGAGGAGGAGGAGAGCCACCGGCGAAUCAAGAAGCUGAAAACUGAGAAGGUUGACCCCCUGUUUACAGUACCGGCUCCACCGCCGCCGAUUGCCAGCAGUCUCGCACCUCAGAUUCUACCCUCCUACUUUUCCCCAUCUUCAUCCAAUAUUGCAGCACCCGUCGAGCAGCUUUUGGUUCGGACUCGGUCAGUGGGUGUCAAUACAUGUGAAGUUGGAGUAGUGACAGAGCCAGAGUGUCUUGGGCCCUGUGAACCUGGGACCAGUGUGAAUUUGGAAGGGAUCGUGUGGCAUGAAACAGAAGAAGGUGUCCUAGUGGUCAAUGUCACGUGGAGGAACAAAACUUACGUGGGAACCCUACUGGACUGCACCAAGCACGACUGGGCGCCCCCCAGGUUUUGUGAAUCGCCAACAAGUGACUUGGAGAUGAGAGGCGGCCGUGGUAGAGGGAAGAGAGCGAGGUCUGCCGCUGCUGCUCCGGGCUCGGAGACCAACUUCACAGAGUCCAGGGGGAUGCAGAGCAAGAACCGAGGGGGCGCCAAUGGGAAAGGGAGGCGUGGCAGCCUCAAUGCUAGCGGACGAAGGACACCCCCAAAUUGUGCCGCUGAGGACAUCAAAGCCAGCCCUUCCUCCACCAACAAGAGGAAAAACAAGCCUCCGAUGGAGCUGGACCUGAACUCCAGCUCCGAGGACUGUAAGCCUGGAAAGAGGGUCCGCACGAACUCCAGGAGCACCCCCACCACCCCUCAGGGCAAACCUGAGGCUACUUUUUUGGACCAAGGCUGCGCCUCUCCUGUGUUAAUCGACUGUCCCCACCCAAACUGCAACAAAAAGUACAAGCACAUCAAUGGCCUGAGGUACCACCAGGCUCAUGCACACUUAGACCCAGAAAACAAGCUGGAGUUCGAGCCUGACGGUGAGGACAAGAUCUCGGACUGCGAAGAGGCCCUGAGCAACGUCGCCCUGGAGUGCAGCGAGCCGAGCACGGGCGUGCCGGGGUACGAUCCGGUGAAGGCGCCUGCCUCCCCCGGGUCUGGGGCCGCACCCGGGACCCCCAAGGGAAAGAGAGAGCUGAUAAGCAAUGGGCCGGGCCCUGCGGUUGGUUCCAAAGCCGGCAAGAACUCGGGCAAAAAGAAGGGCCUCGCCACGGAACUGAACAACCUCCCAGUCAUCUCCAACAUGUCUGCCACGCUAGACAGUUGCUCGGCCGGCGACGCCAGCUUGUCCGUGGAGAUGCCCAAACUGGAAGCCGAGGGCUUGAUCGACAAGAAGAUUCUGGGCGACAAGGAAAAGGGCAAGAAGGCGAGCAACUGCAAAGUGGACAAGAACCUCUCCAAGCUGAAAGGCGCGCGGCCCAUCGCGCCCGCGCCCGCGCCCGCGCCCCCGCAGCUGAUCGCCAUCCCCACGGCGGCCUUCACGCCCGCGGGCUCGGGGCCGCUGCCCGGGCUUCCCCCGCUCUCCGCGCCCGCGGGGCAGGCCACGCCCAGGAGCCCGCCGCUGAAGCCCAUCCAGCCCAAGCCCGCGGCCGCGGGGGAGCCGGCCGCCGUGAGCCCCGCCCUGGCCUCGCUCAAGGACCGGAAGCGGAAGGAGAAGCGGAAGGCCAAGGAGCGCGAGGGCCGGGAGACGCCCAGCGCCAAGCUGGACGCGAAGCUGGAGGACGCGAAGGCGGCGGGCAAGGACCUGGCUGGGCACUUUCUGAAGGAGCACCUGAGUAAGGGGGAAGGGCUGGCCAACGGGCUGUCCGAGGCCCAGGAGAGCCGCAUGGCCAGCAUCAAGGCCGAGGCGGACAAGGUGUACACGUUCACCGACAACGCGCCCAGCCCGUCCAUCGGCAGCGCGGCGCGCGCCGACUGCAGCGCGCUGGUGAACGGGCAGCCGCCGCUGGCCCCGCUGCACGCGCUGCCGCAGAACGGCGCCGACGCGGCCAAGACCAGCAGCCCCGCCUACUCGGACAUCUCGGACGCCGCCGACGACGGCGCCUCGGACAGCAGGUCGGAGGGCGUGAGGUCCAAGGCCAGCUCCCCGUCCGACAUCAUGUCUGCUAAAGACGGGCUGGUCAAAGGACAUGCGUCCACGGCAGCGCAGCCGCCGUCUCAGCUGAAAGAGUGCCACUCUCCCUACUACCAUGGCUACGACCCUUACUACUCUCCCACCUACAUGCACCCCGGACAGGUGGGCAUCCCCUCGGCUGGGAACAGUGGGAGCACUCAGGGCAUGAAGAUCAAGAAGGAGUCGGGGGAAGACGCGGACCAGAAAGACAAGGCGGAGCACUUAGAGCCCAAGAAAGUGGACCAUAACUCGACGGCUCUGCAGCCCCCGCACGCGUCGGUGGUCACGCAGAGGCACCCUGCCCUGGCUCAGUCACUUUACUAUGGCCAGUACGCCUAUGGGCUCUACAUGGACCAGAAGUCUCUGAUGGCCACCAGCCCCGCCUACAGGCAGCAAUACGAGAAGUACUACGAGGACCAGAGGGUGGCCGAGCAGAAAAUGGCCCAGGCGGGGCGAGGAGACUGUGAAAGGAAGACCGAGCUCCCCUUGAAAGAGCCGGGCCAGGAAGACAGUAAGCAGAAAAACAUGCCAUCGGCCACAAUCUCAAAAGCUCCCUCCACCCCGGAGCCUAACAAAACCCAUUGUAAAGUAGGGCCGUCAGUGCCUAAUAAAACUGAGGAGACAGGUAAAUCGCAGCUUCUGUCCAAUCACCAGCAGCACCUUCAGGCCGACAGCUUCAAAGCUAAGCAGAUGGAAAACCACCAGCUUAUUAAGGAGGCUGUAGAAAUGAAAUCUGUCAUGGACUCUAUGAAGCAGACAGGUGUAGACCCAACCUCGAGAUUUAAACAAGAUCCAGACUCAAGGACGUGGCAUCAUUAUGUAUACCAGCCCAAAUAUCUGGAUCAGCAAAAGCCAGAAGAACUUGACAGAGAUAAGAAGCUCAAAGAGGAUAGCCCAAGGAAAACUCCUAAUAAGGACAGCGGUGUGUCCACCCUUCCUGUGUCAUUAACGAGCAUCAAAGAGGAACCCAAAGAGGCCAAGCGUCCAGAUUCUCAGUCAGUGGAGGAAAGCAAGCUGAAAAACGACGACCGAAAGACCCCUGUGCACUGGAAGGACUCCCGGGGAACACGAGGGGCUGUGUCCUCACCCAUGACGCAGCACCAGUCGUACAUCCAGUACCUGCACGCCUACCCUUACCCGCAGGUGUAUGACCCCAGCCACCCCGCCUACCGCGCUGUCUCUCCCGUCCUAAUGCACAGUUACCCUGGAGCCUACCUCUCUCCAGGAUUUCAUUAUCCUGUUUAUGGGAAGAUGUCGGGGAGAGAAGAGACAGAAAAAGUCAAUACCAGUCCCAGCAUCAGCACGAAAACAGCCACAGAGUCCAAAGCCCUGGACCUGCUGCAGCAGCAUGCCAGCCAGUACCGAAGCAAGUCUCCUGCUCCCGUGGAGAAGACUGCCUCCGAGCGGGAACGGGAGGCCGAGCGGGACCGGGAUCGCCACUCCCCCUUUGGCCAGCGACACCUGCACACGCACCACCACACCCACGUGGGCAUGGGCUACCCCCUCAUCCCCGGUCAAUAUGACCCUUUUCAAGGCUUGACCUCUGCUGCUGCCCUUGUUGCCUCUCAGCAGGUGGCUGCCCAGGCCUCGGCCUCAGGAAUGUUUCCUGCACAGAGAAGGUAA